GCCUUUUGCUUGAUAUCUUCCUCAUCAAGCACUCCACCCCUCACUACAACAUCACCGCCGGCACACCGCGCCGCACCAACAACCAACCUCACCCUUCCUCACGCCACCACUUCCUCCGCCAUCGGCCUUCCGAGCAGCUUCCAUCCGAUAACAUCACACGAGCUUCUCACAAGCAAACGCCAUCAUGUCUGGAGAGCCAGACCACGCGGCCUCCAAGGGCAAGGUCAAGCUCAACGACCCGAGCGGUGCCGAGAAGCGCGAUGAGAAUGAGACCGCCACAGCCAUCCUCAAGAAGAAGAAGAAGCCAAACAGCUUGAUUGUCACCGACGCCACCACCGAUGACAACUCCAUCCUUGCGCUAUCGAAUAACACUAUGGAGCAGCUUCAGCUGUUCCGCGGCGACACUGUCUUGGUGAAGGGCAAGAAGCGCAAGGACACCGUGCUCAUCGUCCUCGCAGACGACGAUCUCGAUGACGGCUCUGCACGAAUGAACCGUGUCGUCCGCCACAACCUCCGCGUCAAACUCGGCGACGUUGUCACAGUCAACCCAUGCCCCGACAUCAAGUACGCCAAGCGCAUCGCAGUCCUGCCCAUGGCCGAUACCAUCGAGGGUCUCACCGGCUCCCUCUUCGACGUCUUCCUCGCUCCCUACUUCCGCGAAGCCUACCGACCCCUCCGACAAGGCGAUCUCUUCACUUGCCGCGCUGCCAUGCGCACAGUCGAGUUCAAGGUUGUGGAGGUCGACCCACCAGAAUACGGAAUUGUUGCACAGGACACCGUCAUCCACUGCGAAGGCGAGCCUAUCCAGCGCGAGGACGAGGAGGGCAACCUCAACGAGGUUGGCUACGAUGACAUUGGUGGCUGCAGAAAACAGAUGGCACAGGUUCGCGAGCUCGUCGAGCUUCCGUUGAGACAUCCACAACUCUUCAAGUCCAUCGGUAUCAAGCCACCGCGUGGAAUUCUCAUGUACGGUCCUCCCGGUACUGGAAAGACAUUGAUGGCUCGUGCCGUCGCCAACGAGACCGGUGCUUUCUUCUUCCUCAUCAACGGUCCAGAAAUCAUGUCCAAGAUGGCUGGUGAGUCCGAGAGCAAUCUCCGCAAAGCCUUCGAGGAGGCCGAGAAGAACAGCCCAGCAAUCAUCUUCAUCGACGAGAUUGAUUCCAUCGCGCCGAAGCGUGACAAGACCAACGGUGAAGUCGAGCGCCGUGUCGUUUCCCAGCUGCUCACCCUCAUGGACGGCAUGAAGGCUCGCGCCAACGUGGUCGUCAUGGCCGCCACCAACCGCCCGAACUCCAUCGAUCCCGCCCUUCGCCGAUUCGGUCGCUUUGAUCGCGAAGUCGACAUCGGCAUUCCCGACCCAACUGGACGUCUCGAGAUUCUCCAAAUCCACACCAAGAACAUGAAGCUCGGAGAUGAUGUCGACCUCGAGCAGAUCGCCGCCGAGACCCAUGGUUACGUCGGUUCGGAUAUCGCGUCGCUGUGCUCUGAGGCUGCCAUGCAGCAGAUUCGUGAGAAGAUGGACUUAAUUGAUUUGGACGAGGAUACUAUCGAUGCGGAGGUGCUUGAUAGCCUGGGUGUCACUCAGGAGAACUUCAGCUUCGCCCUUGGCGUCAGCAACCCAAGCGCUCUGCGCGAGGUUGCCGUCGUCGAGGUGCCGAACGUGCGCUGGGAGGAUAUCGGUGGUCUGGAGGACGUCAAGCGCGAACUCAUUGAGAGCGUGCAAUACCCCGUCGACCACCCGGAGAAGUUCCUCAAGUUCGGUCUUAGCCCGUCUCGUGGUGUGCUCUUCUACGGACCACCAGGUACUGGUAAGACGCUUCUCGCCAAGGCCGUGGCCAACGAGUGCGCCGCCAACUUCAUCUCCGUCAAGGGACCUGAGCUUCUCAGCAUGUGGUUUGGAGAGUCCGAGAGCAACAUCCGCGACAUCUUCGACAAGGCUCGUGCUGCUGCGCCUUGCGUGGUCUUCCUCGAUGAGUUGGAUUCGAUCGCCAAGUCUCGUGGUGGCUCUCAAGGUGAUGCCGGUGGUGCAUCUGACCGUGUCGUCAACCAGCUUCUCACUGAGAUGGACGGUAUGACCAGCAAGAAGAACGUCUUCGUCAUCGGCGCUACCAACCGUCCAGAGCAGCUCGACAACGCGCUCUGCCGUCCCGGCCGCCUCGACACUCUCGUCUACGUCCCACUUCCCGACCAGGAGGGUCGUGAGAGCAUCCUCAAGGCUCAGCUCCGCAAGACGCCAGUCGCUCCCGACGUCGACAUUGCAUUCAUCGCCAGCAAGACCCACGGCUUCUCCGGUGCCGAUUUGGGCUUCAUCACUCAGCGUGCCGUCAAGCUCGCCAUCAAGGAGAGCAUCGGCAUCGCGAUCGAGAAGGACAAGGCUCGUGAGGCCGCGGCCGGCGACGGUGACGACACCAAGAUGGAGGAGGACAUUGACGAAGAGGACCCCGUUCCGGAGCUCACCAAGCGUCACUUCGAGGAGGCUAUGGCCAUGGCUCGUCGUUCCGUUACCGACACCGAGAUUAGGCGGUACGAGGCAUUCGCCCAGAGCAUGAAGAACAGCGGCGGUGGCAGUGCGUUCUUCCGCUUCCCAGAGGGUACUGACGGUGGUGCGGCCGAGCAGCAGAAUGGUGCCGCCGAGGAGGAUCUUUACGAAUAAGUGCUAGACUGAUGCUACGGUAAUGGGAUGGAAGAUAUGAGUCUCUUCAGCAUGUCAUACAGGACUUCGUCGUCGCCAAUGGGCACAGGAAGUGGACUUGCAUGGAGGCAGUGACACGUUUGCGAUGAUAGAAUGUUCCAAUAGCUCGCCUCGAGGCGAACAGCAAUUGAAAGCAUGUGAUCUUUCG